AUGGCGCUCCAUUCGAUCUACGCACGCGGUUUCGCAUUCGCAUUGAUCCUGCUAUUGUGUGGGGCGUCCAAGACGAUCAGACUAGCCCAGGCGUGGGUAAUUCCGCAGAUCCACGUCCGGUACACCUUCGACCGAUCCCCGCGAUUCCAUCCAUCCCGUUCGCUGGACUAUCCACCGGUCUCGGACCCCGCAACCCGAUUGCGUGCAGGUAACAGCAACAACAAUGACGGCAGUGAUGACGACCGUGACAGUGCGCCAAUCAUCGUCGAGCGACCAGAUCCAUCCGUCUUGGUAGCCGCUCGCGACGACGACUCACAGAAAUUGGCGAUUGCGGCUGUCGGUGGCGUCUUGACGGUUGGAACUCUUGCGGUGGUACAGGUCCUCAAUACAAUGGAAGCAAUCUUGCCCAACGGUUGGUUCGCCUUGUGGAGGGAUUACACCUGGCCCGUCCCCAUGGGCGCCAUUUUCGUCGCCGCCGGAGUCGCCCAUUUCGCGCUCAAGGAUACCUUCAUUGCCAUGGUUCCUCCCCAGGGGGUUUGGGGAGGACUCUGGCAAGUCCCCGCUCCCGGGGCCGACGAAUGGAACCUUUCCUACGCCGAGUACCACGUCUACUGGACCGGCGUGGCCGAACUCGGUGGUGGACUCCUGCUCCUCACUAGUGGACUGGGACUCACCCCGCUGCCCGUGCAGAUACCCGCGGCUCUGCUAUUCGCGCUCACGCUCGUCGUUACGCCGGCCAAUACCUACAUGUACACGCACGAUAUCCAGGCACCCAAGUUACCCCCGAUUCCCUAUCCCGAAGGACACUACGGACGAGCCGCACUCCAGUGUGUGCUCCUCGCCAUCUUUUGGAAAUUGGCCACGUCGUAGCUAGUAAACGCGACGAUCCGUCAAAGGUGCCCGCUGGCAUCUUUCCCUGUACUCAUAAAAAGCUUCUACUACAGUUACGUCGCAAGGAAAUAGUCCCCAAACGCUAGUUCUCCC